AUGGCUACUCGCGCACGAGGUCGAGCAUGUUCACGAGAGAGUAGGGAUGAGCAACCGGCUGAUAACCAUGCCGAGUUCAUGGUGGCGAUGGCGAAUCUGGUGAACACCAUGGAGGCGAAUGCUGCUGCGACUCUGCAGGCUUUCGUGGAGCAUGUGGUUUAUCAACUAGUGGGAGAAGCUCAGCAAUGGUGGCAAGGAGAGCGCCGACUACUACACCAACAGAACAUGAACAUUACCUGGGCGUUAUUAGCUUUUUACAAGAAGUACUUUGAGUCAAUAAAGGAGGCCAGAGAGUUGGAUUUCUUACAGUUGAAGCAAGGGUUCAUGACUAUAGAUGAAUACAAUAGUAAGUUUGGGGAACUUUAUAAGUUCUCAAGAAUAAGUCAAGGUGCCCCUGAGUCUUAUGAAGGCUGGAAAUGCGUCAAAUACGAAGUAGGGCUAAAAGAAGAUAUCAGGCGUGUUGUGGCUCCAUUGAAGAUUAGGAGAUUCUCUGAAUUGGUGGACAAUGCGAGGGUUGUUGAAGAAUACGCAAAGACGGUAGCCUCGUCAAGGGACACUCAUGGAGGAAACACUAGUACAGAACACACUGAUUACCCCGGACCAAGGGGAUAG